AUGGAGAGGGUCAGUAUGGAGAGGGUCAGUAUGGAGAGGGUCAGUGUGGAGAGGUAUGGAGAGGGUCAGUAUGGAGAGGGUCAGUAUGGAGAGGGUCAGUAUGGAGAGGGUCAGUAUGAGAGGGUCAGUGUGGAGAGGGUCAGUGUGGAGAGGGUCAGUGUGGAGAGGGUCAGUAUGGAGAGGGUCCGUAUGGAGAGGGUCAGUAUGGAGAGGGUCAGUAUGGAGAGGGUCAGUGUGGAGAGGGUCAGUGUGGAGAGGGUCAGUAUGGAGAGGUAUGGAGAGGGUCAGUAUGGAGAGGGUCAGUAUGAGAGGGUCAGUGUGGAGAGGGUCAGUGUGGAGAGGGUCAGUAUGAGAGGGUCAGUGUGGAGAGGGUCAGUAUGGAGAGGGGUCAGUAUGGAGAGGGUCAGUGUGGAGAGGGUCAGUGUGGGGAGGGUCAGUAUGGAGAGGGUCAGUAUGGAGAGGGUCAGUAUGGAGAGGGUCAGUAUGGAGAGGGUCAGUAUGGAGAGGGUCAGUAUGGAGAGGGUCAGUGUGGAGAGGGUCAGUGUGGAGAGGGUCAGUGUGGAGAGGGUCAGUGUGGAGAGGGUCAGUAUGGAGAGGGUCAGUAUGGAGAGGGUCAGUAUGGAGAGGGUCAGUGUGGGAGAGGGUCAGUGUGGAGAGGGUCAGUAUGGAGAGGGUCAGUAUGGAGAGGGUCAGUAUGGAGAGGGUCAGUAUGGAGAGGGUCAGUAUGGAGAGGGUCAGUAUGGAGUUGAGGGUCAGUAUGGAGAGGGUCAGUGUGGAGAGGGUCAGUGUGGAGAGGGUCAGUAUGGAGAGGGUCAGUAUGGAGAGGGUCAGUAUGGAGAGGGUCAGUAUGGAGAGGGUCAGUAUGGAGAGGGUCAGUGUGGAGAGGUCAGUGUCAGUAUGGAGAGGGUCAGUAUGGAGAGGGUCAGUAUGGAGAGGGUCAGUAUGGAGAGGGUCAGUGUGGAGAGGGUCAGUAUGGAGAGGGUCAGUAUGGAGAGGGUCAGUAUGGAGAGGGUCAGUAUGGAGAGGGUCAGUAUGAGGGGUCAGUGUGGAGAGGGUCAGUGUGGAGAGGGUCAGUAUGGAGAGGGUCAGUAUGGAGAGGGUCCGUAUGGAGAGGGUCAGUAUGGAGAGGGUCAGUAUGGAGAGGGUCAGUGUGGAGCAGUAGGGUCAGUGUGGAGAGGGUCAGUAUGGAGAGGGUCAGUAUGGAGAGGGUCAGUAUGGAGAGGGUCAGUAUGGAGAGGGUCAGUAUGGAGAGGGUCAGUAUGGAGAGGGUCAGUAUGGAGAGGGUCAGUAUGA